AUGGAAGCCACCAAGAAGGUGGGGGGCCCUGAUCCAUCGGGCCCCCAGGGCCAUCCCCUGCCUAGCAGCCAGCAGCUAAGGGGUGGCUUCCGAGGGUCCCUGGGACCAUGGAUGAGCUCAAGAUCCCUAUAUUCGAAGCAGGGGUUGUCACUGUCCACGGGGGCCAUCGCUGAUAUGGCCUGCAGCUCAGCCUCCCAGGCCCCUUCCUCUCAGUCCACUCUCCAACUACUUCCGGACUCUGUUCAGGUCAGUUCCCAAUGUAACUAUGCACAGGCCCCCCAGGAGACCCUGAGACUCCCCGCUUCUAACCCAUUUCCAAACCCCAUCGUGGGAACCCAAGAGCAUGUCCUCAUAGACGAUGGGACUCAGACUCUGCCAAUGUGCACGGACAGUGGUGCCACCAGUGACAAAGUCCAGGUUGGAUUCAAUCUCUCCCAGGUUCAGUUACAGAUUGGGAGGGAGAGCAAGGCUCCAGCUAAAGUCCUGGUAGGCUGGGGCAAAGGAACCUGUAGCAUUGGCCAGAUGGCCGCUGUGGGCCCCAGGAAGAGCCGAUGGCUCCCCUACUUCUUCUCCAGGGAGAAUGGUGAGGCGGAAGGUCAAGCUCCGGUAGCUCAGACUCCAGUCCAAGAUCAGGGACAGGACAAGGGUCAGGGUCCAGUUUGGUCCUCUACCCUAAGUAAGACGACUUCAUCACAGUCACUGCCUCUUCCAACCUCAGCUGUCAACCCGUCACCACCCCCUGCUGUACUUGAACCUCACACCUGUUGUCCUAACCACAGGACGAAUGCCACUGUAGCCACUAACGACCUGCCCCUUGAUCUCAAGAACUCCGGCAACCAACUGCCCGUUCUCUUAGAUUCCUCCAAAAAGGACAAAGUGUAUUUUCCCCUGGAGAGUCCCCUCACGCCGGCACCUGCUCCGGAAGAGUUUUCAGCCCACAAGGACCAAGAGGUUGCCAAGAUGCAGGUGCUGCCUAAGCAAUCUGAGGAUCCUGCAGAGAAGUGUUUGGCCCAUGCCUCCAGGCAAGAUAUCACAACAUCUGCCUCAGAGCCCCUGGAUGCUCUCAAGGCACAGACAAGUAACCACAAGAUUUACAGCUCUCAGCCAGACAAGCAGCCCUCCAGGGCCCACACCACCACCAACUGCUCCAACGGGCCACUGCCUGAUUAUCAUGGAGCCUUUAACAAGCAGUGCCUGCUUCCGACUCCCAGAGAAGCCAUGCAGAUUCCUAUUUCUAGUGCCCCGACCUGCCAGCUGCAGGAUGCUGUAGAAGACCAUGUGCUGGUGUUUGACAUAGCCACUGGUAACACGAGGAUGGGGCUGCUGUGUCAUGAUCCCAUGGGCUCACGGGCAGUGCUCGUAGGACUCACACCGAACCACCCAUCAACUCAUGUCUCUGAAAAUAUGCUGUCUGCUCGGUCAUUGCCCAGGCCAAUCCUCUCCCCUAACAGUAAUCACCCCAGUCUUUGGUCCACCACAGCCAUCCUGUCUAGCCCUGUGCCCUCCAGCCUCUCAGCCGGAAGCUACCCAGAGGUGGCCCUGGUUUCUAAAGAGGCCAGACAUAACCUAGAGUCACGGAACUCCCCUGGCACUGAAAGCCCUAUCAGAUCUGUUGUACCAGGGACACCCCUCCAAUAUGGUGAAAAGGUACUGGCCCAAGUUCCUGAUCCUAGCUGGUCCAAAUCUGAUGCUGAAAAGAUUGACCCUGGCCACACGAUCUGGAUGCUGGACUCUCCCAGGAUGCAAGAUAGCUCCACGGUCCAGGCAAGGAAACUGCAUUGGAUAAAGCCAGAUCCGGUUUCAACAGCUGAUAUCCGGGAGGAAGCAGGCAGCAAUAACCAGAAAGGGCUCAUUGCUGCUCACCCUAGUGGCUCUCAGGCUGAAGAUACUGGGCAGGUCUUCCUCACUGGUCAGAGCUUUGUCAACGGGCCGAACCUUCUUGCUAGACAGCUACCUGUAGCUGAGCAGGGCUCCCUAGCUGGUCAGCUCCCCUCUACCAAGCAGCCCCUCCUUACUAAUCCACCUCAUCUUAAGGAACAGACCCCUCUUCCUAGACAACUUUCCCUCACUAGACAGGUGCCCCUUGCGGGGAAGCCCUCCCCCACCAAAGAGCCCACUUUCACCUCUGGGGAGUCUGUUCAGCCCUCCACCCAGGAGAGUGAGCCUUUGGGCAACCCUACCCAUGUGGGAAUAGUCCGAGUUCCCCUGGCUCCCGAGGAGGCCUGUAUUUAUGUAAACAGAGAUAAAUUUGGGAACAGCAGCACUCAAAGAUCCAGCAUGCAUUGGGUCCAACCAUGGCAACCUAGCGAUGCCCACAGGGCCCACCAGGAACAACUGUCUCUGAUUACAUCCACUGGUUGUAAGGACUUGCCCAUAUCCAUGGUGCGCGCUGAGUCCCCGAGUGGACAUCAGUUCAAGGUGGCAGCUGAGAACAUUACACGCCCAUCAGUGGUGGCACAGCUGGGCCUUCUCCAUGGGAAUUGCUAUGAGGUAGUCUCUGCUAUGGAUGCUCUACCGGUGCGGUCCCCCGUGCUCUGCCGCCAUGCAGCCAAUCCCUACCAGAAAAUGUCAGCCAUAGUGAUCGAUACUGGCACAGGAUUUACCAAGUGUGGACUGGCUGGAGAGAACCACGUGCUCAGUGUGGUACCCUCGCAAGUCCAGAUGCUGCAACACCCAGCCCAGGGCCAGCCCCAGUAUGUGGUCCCUGAACACCAAGAAGGCUCCUACUCAGUACUGAACCGGGGAGUAGUCUCUGACUGGGAUGCUCUGGAGGUGCUAUGGCAACACCUCUUCUACUGCAAACUGAGAGUGCAGCCCGAAGAGAUGGCUGUGCUUGUGGCUGACUCCCCCAUCUCACCUCGUACCAACAGAGAAAAGGUGGCUGAAAUCCUCUUUGAGCGUUUCCAUGUGCCAGCUAUGCAGACGGUUCACCAGGCCUUGCUGACGCUCUACGCUUAUGGGCGUACCACUGGGCUGGUGGUAGGAAGUGGUCACGGGACCUCCUAUGUGGCACCGGUCCUCACUGGGGACCUGGCUCCACUUGACACCUACCGGCUGGAUGUGGCUGGUGCUGACCUCACCAGUUACCUGUCUCAGCUCCUUGUGGCAGGUGGCCACUCAUUACCCAAGGCAGGGCUUGUCAGACAGAUUAAAGAGGCCUGCUGUUAUGUGGCUAUGGAUAUGGCCGCUGAAAUGGCCCAAAACCAGGCCCAGGCCCAGGUAGAAUUUGUGCUCCCCGAUAAGCAAGUUAUUACAAUGAGCUCUGAGCGCUUCUGUUGCCCCGAGGCUCUCUUUCAACCCAAUCUGCUGGGUCUCAACCAGCCAGGCCUCCCACAGCUGGCCCUGCUAAGCAUUAGCCGGCUGGAGGCCAAGCAGCAGGAGCAACUGCUGGCGAAUGUGGUGCUGGAAGGUGGUAGCACCCUGAUAAAUGGUUUCCCUGAGCGCCUAAGACAGGAGCUGGGCCCUGGCACCACUGUGCUGGGGUCUCCCCACCGUGCAGUUGCUGCCUGGCUUGGGGGUUCCAUCAUGGCAUGCCGGGACUCCUUCCAAAGCCUGUGGCUCAGCCGCAGAGCAUACGAAGAGGAGGGCUCCUGGGCUAUCUACAAGUACCAGCUGUGA